GCCAAGCCUAACUGUCAAGGCUUCCCGUCGUCUUUCUAGAAUGGGCAAUGCGAAGAAUUUACCCCACCAAAAGACUGCCCCACGUAUAUAUGUAGGUACCUAGGUAAUUGAAGUACAGGUAUGUACAUAAAGUACAAGCGCCUUCAUGCUUGACCUUGUUGGAAUCUUACCUAACCAUGAGUGAUGAGGUAUUGUUAUUGGAUUCUUAUCGAUAGAUACAUGGUUCUUAUCGCCUUGCAUUAUCAGAAUAUUGGAUAAGCAUGUAUAACAUCAAGCCUGUCUAUUGAAUUCAGAGGUAGGCGAGAGGUAGGUAGUGUUCUUAGAAAGCAAUGCUUAUUCUGUAUUACUUAGGUAUAUCCAGGUACGUCGGGUAACGAUUGUUCUAACUAUCCAGAGCAUUGCGCAUUCCAGUCUCAAGUUAUUUUGCACAGGCAUUGAGCUAUGAGAUCAGACCCGAUGCCUUAGGCCUUACCAAAAAGGUAAAGUAAAGUGGCAGCUGUGGUAGGUACUCAUUUCGGCUAGCGUCACGUCUUGCACAGCUCCAAUGUUCUAUCGUGACGAUAUCAACAGACCCCUCGGAAACUCCAGGGCUCAUAUCUAGUAACGACCUCAGAAGACCAUCCGCAAGUCCAAGAGCGAGGUGUCUCGGUAUUGGUCCUAAACACCGCUGGCCCCCGAACGUUGGCUAAGGGUUGGCGCAGCGGUGAAGAGUCUUCUUCAGCCAUGGACGACGACGAAGUUAGUGUCUCCGGGAGGCGUCCCGAGGUCGCUCCUCUAUAUAGGCUCGGCUCCAACCACAGCAAUGCUAGUGUUUUUGAGGAUGUAGAAAUGGCUCAGGAUGAGUUGUUCUCUGGACCUGUCGCCGAAAGCUUGCCGACGAGCACCUCUGCAUUUUCCCACCGUCGCCAGCGCGCCGAUUCAACUGCCAGCUUCACCUACUAUAACGAGGAAGAGAACGAGCCCGAUGCCGAGCAGGAAUAUGUUGAAAACGGAGCUAUUCCCUUCGACAUCGAUGAGAUCCCUUUUGACUUAGGUCCGGAGGCAGACGAACCUUCGGAUAGUGAAAUCGAAAUUGAGAGCAACCAAGGCUAUGCUAUGCAUAGAAGAUCGUCGACCUUAUCGAGGUCUUCUGUUCAUGCGCGACUUCUUCGAACUGAUAGCGCUAGGACCGACUCGAGCAACCGUGGUCAUGGCCGUGUCACUCAGAAACUGCAUAUUGUUAGCGAAGACCUUACAAUUGUGGUAGCAGGCUUUCGGACUAGCAGUACUGGGUACUUUGCCUAUCUAUGCCUUUGUUUGAUCACCUUCGGCCUUGCAUACUUGCUUCUGCGCUGGCUGCCUAGAUGGCAAGUCAAGUUGAUUGGGGAGCCUUGUCCACUUCGUGACUGUCAGUGGGUUGUCCUCGAAAACCAGUGGGGUGAGAUGGUAACCUUAACUGUCAAGCGUCAGCCAUACGACAGACCCCUUUCUACUGUAUUUGGAGCUCCAGAGAAAUUGUACGCACAGUUGCUCGAAGAUGAUGGUGACCCCAUUAUGAGCGAACUACAAACUCUCGACUACCGCUAUGUUCGCUUCUUUUUUCACCCAUUGAAAGAUAAAUUUGUUGUAUGCAACGGCUGGAAGGAUCCAAACUGGACCAGAAUUCGGGAUCUUCGAUCCGGUAUCGAUGGAGAUGAGAAAGACCAACGAGAACAUGUUUUUGGUGCCAACAUCAUAGAUAUUGAACAAAAGUCGGUCGCUCAGUUGCUUGUAGAUGAGGUCUUUCAUCCCUUUUACGUUUUUCAAAUUGCAAGUCUCAUUCUCUGGUCGCUGGAUCAGUACUACUACUACGCUAUUUGCAUAUUCGUCAUGUCUGCAGGAAGCAUCAUUACAACGCUCGUGGAGACACGUGCCACUAUGCGGCGUUUGCGCGAAAUAUCUAGGUUUGAGUGCGAUGUGCGUGUUCUUCGCAAUGGCUUCUGGGCAAACGUUUCCUCGAGCGACUUAGUCCCUGGUGACGUAUAUGAGAUUAGCGACCCUAGUCUCACGCAGUUCCCCAGUGACAGUCUCCUGUUAAGCGGGGAUUGCAUAGUAAAUGAGAGUAUGCUCACGGGGGAGUCUGUCCCGGUCUCCAAGAUUCCGGCCACCAACGAGACGCUUCAAAUUAUGAACCUUAGUGCUGCAACGAUAUCACCUGAAGCGGCCCGCCAUUUUCUCUUUUGUGGGACAAAGAUAAUACGUGCAAGGCGACCACAUGACAACAGAGACGACGAAGCAGUUGCACUCGCCAUGGUUGUACGAACAGGGUUCAAUACGACUAAAGGCUCUCUAGUACGAUCUAUGUUAUUCCCAAAGCCAUCAGGCUUCAAAUUUUAUCGAGACUCAUUUCGAUACAUAUCAGUUAUGGCAUGUAUAGCACUGUUAGGUUUCAUCGUCUCUCUCAUCAAUUUUAUCCGUCUCGGGCUAGCCUGGCAUUUGAUCAUUGUCAGAGCAUUGGAUUUGAUAACUAUUGUAGUUCCACCAGCCUUGCCAGCUACUUUAACCAUAGGAACAAACUUUGCUCUCAGUCGCCUGAAGAAAAAGCAGAUCUUUUGUAUCAGUCCACAAAGGGUCAAUGUAGGGGGCAAGCUCGAUGUUAUGUGCUUCGACAAGACAGGUACUCUCACAGAAGAUGGGCUAGACGUUCUUGGCGUUAGACUGGUAUCCCGGUCGACGAAACGAUUUGACGACGUCGUCUCUAAAGCCGCCGCAUUAGUGCCUUACACGAAUCUCGCUUGCAGUCCGGGAGACAAAUAUGAUGUCAGUCGCGCAGCGCUUUUUACUAUGGCCACAUGCCAUUCUCUUCGCUCUGUUGACGGUGAACUUGUCGGUGACCCAUUAGACUUGAAAAUGUUCGAGUUCACGGGAUGGCUCUUUGAAGAAGGCACACAAGGUGGAGGUGACCAAGAAGAUGAUGAACACGGCGGACUCUCUCCUUCUAUCGCACGGCCUCCACCUGCAGCGCUCUAUGAUACAGAUGAGUAUGCCAACAUCAACGGCAUAAACACUCCCCUGGAACUUGGGGUUUUGAGAUCAUUCGAAUUCGUCUCUCAUUUACGUCGAGCUAGCGUCAUCGUUCGAGGUUUCGGUCAACAACGUGGAGACGUAUAUGUGAAGGGCGCACCAGAGUGCAUGAAGGACAUUUGUCGACCCGAAAGCUUUCCUGAUGAUUAUGACGAACUUUUGUCGUAUUAUACCCAUAAGGGCUAUCGUGUUAUCGCAUGUGCCACAAAACACAUGAAGAAGCUGUCCUGGGUGAAAGCCCAGAAAAUGACCCGGGAAGACGUUGAGACGGACUUAGAAUUCGUCGGAUUCAUUGUAUUUGAAAAUAAGCUGAAACCAACCACAGCUGCAGUUCUGAAGGAACUCAACCAAUCCAACAUCGGCUCCAUCAUGGUCACAGGAGACAAUAUCUUGACAGCUAUUAGUGUGGCCAGGAACUGCGACCUAGUUGAUCGAAAUGCCCAUUGUUUUGUACCACAUUUUGCAGAAGGCAAUUCCCGGGACCCAAAUGCACGCCUUCAAUGGGAGAGCAUUGAUGAUUCUGCAUAUCAGCUCGACAGCCGGUCUUUACUUCCACUACCUGUACCGGUUCAGCGCGAUGCUUCUCUGCCUUAUGAUAUAACCAAUCUCAAGAACUACUCACUCGCAAUAAGUGGUGAUGUGUUUCGAUGGAUCAUCGACUACGCUCCCAAUGACGUUAUGCAAAGGAUGCUCGUUCGUGGCAAGAUAUUCGCGCGCAUGUCCCCAGAUGAGAAGCACGAACUGGUUGAAAAGCUUCAAAGCAUUGGAUAUUGCUGCGGAUUUUGUGGUGACGGAGCCAAUGACUGUGGCGCCUUAAAAGCCGCAGACGUUGGCAUAUCCUUGUCAGAAGCAGAGGCAUCGGUAGCUGCCCCCUUCACAUCGAGGAUAUUCGACAUUCGAUGUGUCCCUGAUGUGAUCAGAGAAGGUCGAGCUGCACUUGUUACCAGUUUCAGUUGUUUCAAGUAUAUGAGCCUCUACUCGGCCAUCCAGUUCACAUCAGUCAGCUUCCUCUACGCGUCCGCUUCGAAUUUAGGUGACUUUCAGUUUCUUUUCAUUGACGUUCUGCUGAUAUUGCCAAUCGCUAUCUUCAUGGGCUGGUCUGGGCCAUACCCGGUUCUUAGCACAAAACGGCCGACAGCGAAUUUAGUAUCCCGGAAGAUCCUCACACCCCUUUUGGGUCAAAUGAUCAUAUGCAUUUUUAUUCAAGCCGCAUCAUUUCUAAUCGUUCGGGAGCAGGAGUGGUUUAUUCCACCUUAUGUGGACCCCGAGAAGUCCAACAUCAAGAAUUCAGAAAAUACGGCGCUGUUCUUAGUAUCGUGUUUCGAGUACAUCUUCAUCGGUGUAGUACUUAAUGCAGGCAGACCCUUCCGGCAGCCGAUGACAAAGAAUUACCCCUUUAUGACGACCAUCCUGCUCGCACUGGCUAUAGUCCUAUACAUGGUGUUCACACCGGCUCGUUGGCUGCGCAAACUUAUGCAACUUACGCGUAUUAGCUCAUCCUUCAAGCUCACCUUGCUGGUUCUGGGCAUCGUGUAUCUGGUGCUCGCCUGGAUAUGCGAGAACUACGUCUUCCAGCGUCUGGCUCGUGCCUUUGGCAAAGCGAAGCAAUCGAUCACGCAAAAAACUAAGCAGAGAAAGGAGUAUAAAAUCAUUAAUGAGCGAAUGCAAAACUAAUUUCCGUCGUUGGCUCUGAAACUAUUCGUCAAAUGGAUGGAAGAGCGCCAUGUAUAGAUUAUAUUAGGUUUUCCCCGGGUUUUACUCAUGGCGCAACUAGAUGGAAGCUUUACUUAGAUUACCCAUUUGCCUUCUGUGAAUAUGGUCUAGGUACAGGUAUGGAAGUUUUCGGGGUCAUGAUUUAGAGUAUUCUAACCUGUUUAACAUUUGUACUACUCGUGGUGGCAAAAGGGGCGUGCAAAAGGAAUGGCACGUGAAACUGAUUCAAACUACCGCCU